UCAGGAAGUGGACAGACCCCCCCCAAAACCAGCUGUCAGAGAAACGAAACUGCGCUGCUGAAAGGGGCGGAGAGAGCGGAGUUAGUACCCAAGGAGAUGCAUGCUGGGACCAGUACUGCAUUAGGGGUAGGUUUGAAAGAGAGCUUGGCGUUAAAGAAGGACCGGAGCUGUUCAGUUAGAGAUUUGGAGAGUCGAGCGCUGAGGUCGAUCUGUCACCCCGACUGUAAUACUGCAACAUGGCUACUACUAAUGUGUCCAUUUCGGAGGAGAGCGUCAGCUGUCCGAUCUGCUGUGCUGUGUUUAAAGACCCUGUGGCUCUGAAAUGCAGUCACAGUUUCUGUGAGGAGUGUCUGCAGCAGUACUGGAGCAUUCAGGAGGUGCUGCUGUGUCCAGUCUGUAGGAAGGAGUGCUCAGGGGACGAGCCCACCAGGAGCCUGGCCUUCUCCAGCCUCUGUGAGAACUUUAAAAACAGAGAAAUUGCGACUCCAGCAGACGAUAUGUGCCCAGAGCACGACGAGAAGCUCAAACUCUUCUGCUUUGAAGAUAAGCAGCCCAUCUGUGUGGUGUGUUACACCUCAAAGAAGCAUAAAAAUCAUCAGUGUGCUCCUAUUGUGGAAGCAGUGCAGGAGCUGAAGGCAGAGGUGAAGUCAGGAGUGUCAGGUAUGCUGCAGAACCUUCAAAUCCUGAAUAAGUCUAUGGCAGAUUAUCAAAUCUUGGCAGAGGCUAUAAAGGAAGAGAGGCAGAGUGUGGAGAAGAUCCUCAGGCAGGAGUUUGACAGCCUCCAUCAGUUCCUUAGAGAGGAAGAGGAGGCCAGGAUCGCUGCCCUGAGAGAGGAAGAGCUGAAGAAAUAUGAGAAAACCAAAAACAGGAUUGAGAAGUUGUCAUAUGAAAUCUCAAACCUGUCCAUGACCCUAAAAAUGAUCAACCAGGAGAUGGAGAUGGAUGACAUCACUUUCCUCCAGAACUAUGUUAACGGUCACUACAGUCCAGCCAAGAGCGCUCUCCCCGAGCCUAACAUGAUCUCAGGAAUAGAUACAGCAAAGCAUUUGGGAAUCCUGAACCUCAAUUUACGGGCAAAGAUGUGUGAACUGCUCCAUGACCCUCCCAAAUCAGUGACUCUGGACCCGAACACGGCCUCUAAUAAGCUGGUGGUGUCGGAGGACCUGAGCAGCGUGUCUUUUGUGGAGCAGAAGCUGGAUGUAGCUGAUAACCCAGAGAGACUAUAUGUUGGAGUGCUGGGCUCUCAGGGCUUCAGCUCAGGCCUGCACUGCUGGGACGUGGAGGUGGGAGACAAUGACUACUGGACCAUAGGAGUGGUCAAGCAGUCUGUGGAGAGGAAGAAGCUGCUGAAGAUGGAUCCUUCUAGUGGAAUAUGGAGCAUUCGAUUCAUCAGUGGGAAAUAUCGGAUCGGGUUAAAGUCUCGGAGGGAGCUCAAGCUGCCAGAGAAGCCGCGGGUCAUCAGAGUGCAUCUAGACUAUGAGAAGGGAAUCAUCAGGUUCUCUGACCCGUCCAAAGGUCCUACACUAUUUACCUUCACUGAUACAUUUCAAGAAGCACUAUUCCCUUACUUUAAUACAGCAAGCACUAUCUGCCCACUGCACAUAUCAUAAAUAGCUGUAGUUUCCUAACAUGCCACAAGGUGGCAUCAACCUCAAUUUUUUAACACUGUUUUCCUACACUAGUACUGGAGGCCCUGCAUUUUAGUGCUUUCCCUGCGUUAAUGCAGCCACAUUAACUCAGUAAGGGCUUAAUGAGCUAAUUAGUUGGAUCAGGUGCCUUGAAAGCACAGAAAACCCUAACAUGUGCAGGGGAGUGGGCCUCCAGCACCAGGAUUGGGAAAGAUUCAAAGAUUUGCAAGAAAUCUCAGAUGCAUAUUAAAAAUUAGAAAAGAAAUUAGAAAAAGCUUUGGCCCAUUUGCAAGCUCAAUGCUUGUUGAUGCCACAGGAAUCUGUGGCUGGGAGAUCAAAAAAGCAUGACUGGGUCACAAAACUGCCUUAAAACGUCCAUACAUUUCAUCAAGUUUCCACACUGGGAAAGAAAUAUUUAAUUUAUAAUAUGUUGAUUGGGACCCUGUUCAAAACCUCCAUUGUGGAAGCUGCCAGGCGCAGCUGUGGCCAAAAGCUUGUCG